GUUUGAUUACCCUACGCGUUCUCGUGUGUGGUUUCUGGUUUUGUCUGGUGCUCACUACUGCAGUGUUCCCCUGAUGUUUUCUGCGUGCAGGACAUCAGCAGUUGUGGUUCUUCGCCGUUUUGUCAGCAGGCGGUCGAAACUGAAUGUAAUGGAUCAUGUUGCAGCAUGGAAAAGUGAAAAUAUCGACGUAAAAGCACUCAAAUAUAUUCUGGAUCACGACAACCACGAAACUCGCGACAAACUACGUGAGUUAUUAACCACAGAGGCAAUGAUCCCCCGGUAUGUCGUAAAUAUCACCGUUGUUCAAUCCUCAGGUAUGCUAUUUCCCUGGAGGAAGAACGACAGCUCGCGUUGUCACGUUUGAAGCUUGUGUGCGAUAACGAUAUCUUGUCAGUCUUUGAUUUUGAUCAUAAUCCACACCGAAUUUUCGCUGCUCAUGAACUUUGUGCGAUUGUUGAUCCUUCAAUGACAACGAAAAUGACCGUUCAGUUCAACCUUUUUGGUGGGACGCUUCUGAAGUUGGGAUCCCGUGAACAUUACGGAGAAAUGCUGCGUAACGUCGAUACACUCAAGGAUGUUGGUUGUUUCGGUUUAACGGAGCUGGGAUUCGGAAACAACGCAACAAUGAUGGAAACCCUUGCAGAAUAUGACCUCAAUUCUGACGAGUUUGUAGUAAACACACCUACAGUUGAAGCGUCCAAAUACUGGAUAACGAACGGAGCUCUCCAUGCGCAUCACUGUAUCCUGUUCGCUCGCCUCUUGUUAGGUGGCCAAGAUCAGGGAGUUCACGCUUUUCUUGUUCCUAUUCGGGAUCAAAAUCUUCAGGUUAUGCCGGGUGUUACGAUUGAAGAAAUGGGUCAUAAAUUGGGCUUGAACGGUGUUGACAAUGCUCGUCUAAUGUUUGAUCAUGUCCGAAUCCCACGAAGUAAUCUGCUCGAUCGCUAUUCUCACGUUUCCGCUUCUGGCAAGUUCAGCACAAAAUUGGGCGACAACCCACGCAAUCGAUUUCUCAAAGUGGCUGAUCAGCUCUUGUCGGGACGUAUUUGUAUUGCCAGUAUGUGUUUGGGUGCAGCGAAAGCCUCUUUGGCCAUUGCACUGAGCUAUUCUGCCUCUCGACUCGCCGUGGGUCCUACCGGAAAGUCAGAUGUCCCCAUUCUGUCCUAUCAACUUCAACAACGCAGUCUCAUUCCUCUGCUUGCUGCAACUUAUGCUAUCAACUUUGGGCUAGAUCACAUCAAGGAUUCAUGGGCUAAAACAUCCACAGGAGCUAUUGACUCUCCGGAUUCCAACUCCGUUGUUGUUAUGUGUUGCGCCAUUAAACCACUCGCCGCUUGGCAUUUGAAUCGAACCGUGAACACGUGUCGGGAGCGAACUGGUGGUCAGGGCUUCUUAUCAUGUAGCCGCUUUGGCACUUAUUUGGGUUCAGCUCAUGCAAGCAUGACUGCCGAAGGGGACAAUUCUGUUCUGAUGCAAAAAGUGGCGAAGGAACGCCUUGCUCAGCUUCUCAAGGACUGGCAAGUAUUACCUCCACAUUCCGCGGCGGCUGAAUUUCGCGCAGAUCCUAAGUACACUGAAGACGUUGGAUAUUUGCAUAGCUUGCUGGAGAAGCGUGAACUGGCCCUAUUUUCCCUCCUAGCCAGAACGCUGGAUGGUGUGAAAGGCAAGGAUUUGUUCAACGCAUGGAUGUACGAAUUGUCCGAUUUGAUUCAAGCAGCCGCUCGAGCCUACGCCGAACGUCUGUGCUCCGAACAGUUUGCUGCGGUGCUAGAACGGCAUAAGGCCAAUCUGAAUGAUUCGACAGUGACCGCAAUGAGAAUGCUUCACCGUCUGUAUGUUACCGAGAGCUUAGUCGGCCCAGAUGCCGUGGAAUGGCCGGACAUGCCUACUCAGUUCGUCACGUGUCUGCGGAGUGAAUCUCGUUGUCUUUGUCAUGGUCUCAGUUCAAAGUCACUGUCGUUGGCAACUGAGGCGUUUGGCCUCACGCCUGGACUUCUUUAUGCUCCUAUAGCCGAUGACUGGAUUGCGUAUAAUUCGAAAAGCGGAAUGAGCGGAGAGGUUUUUGACUGGUUCUCACAACGAUAAUCUCAGGAUCAACACGCCUCCCUCAUACCUAUUAAUGUUUUUUUCAUUCAUUUUUCUUAUUUUCAUGGCUGUCUGUCACGUUUUUAUGCGAUCACUUUUACCUUCAUCACCAUCAGUCGGUGACUUCGGUUGUGUAUACACAACCUGUACUGAUGAUUUAUGGUUUAACCCCGCAGCUAUUUCUAUAAGUAACCGGCACAAUCAAUGACAUAUGUAAAUCCCACCAUCUCAUAAGCCCACAUAUGGGACGGUAUUAUAC